AUGGCGGACCAGGAAUCGUGUCCUACUGAGUGGGGUCCGGGCAAAACACCCCAGGGCAGAGCUCGUCUACCCUCGAGCAGACCACGCGAAAAGCCGCAGCUGUCAUGUAACCUGUGUAGAAGGAGAAAACUACGAUGUGACCGUCAAAGACCCUGCAGCAGCUGUGUACAACGAGAGCUCGGCCUGUCGUGCACGUACGCUUCCGACAGAGUCGCAGGCGGCGAUGCAGCACACCAGCCUCGUGUAACCACACAGGAUCGCAUCCGCCACCUCGAGAGUCUUGUGUUCGAUCUGAUGCAGCAAUCUUCCGUCAACCAGGGCCAGCACGGAGGAGGAACGCCUUGUUCCCCCGUCGGCAGCACCCGUUCCCCCGUGGACACUGCUGUCACUACACCCGCCGAUUACGGUAGCAUGCAGUCCACGGGCGGAGGAGCGAAUUACGUGGGGAGUUCGCACUGGGCUGCUGUUCUCGACGGGAUUGCCGAGCUCAAAGAUCAUUUCGAUAACGAGGAGGAGGCGUCGCAUCCUGAUGUACAGGGUGUUGAGUCGCCUGCCGCGGAGAUGACUGGCCCCCAGUUGCUCUACGGCUGCCCCAAGCCCGCUAGCAAGGACGAGAUACUGGCGUCGAUCUUAACCCUAAGCCGCCCGGUAGUAGACCGAUUGGUCUCACGCUAUUUUAACUCCUUCGAGAUGUCGCCCGCCGUGCUGCACAGCGUGCAAUUCCUCAAGGAGUAUGAAGAGUUCUGGGAUGACCCAUCUGCAGUGUCGCCCCUCUGGUUGGGCCUUUUGUUCACCAUUAUGUGCUUGGCAACCCAGUUCGAGAAGUUCCGCCUCGACCCUGGCGUGCAGUCCCCCGCGGCUCUGUCCAUGGAGAGAGAUCUCCAGAAGAUGGCGGAUACGUACAGGCUAAGGAUUGGCCAAUGCCUUGUUCUUGGCAACUACACCAAAGGUGGCCCUUACGUGCUGGAGACGCUUAUGCUGUACAUUGCCGCUGAGGUGUUUUCGAGCACGGAUGCGGAGAUCGACAUUUGGAUCCUGACGGGGAACACGGUUCAGAUUGCCUUGCAUAUGGGCUAUCACCGAGAUCCGAAGCAUUUCAAGGGCAUGUCGUCUUUUGCUGCGGAGAUGCGGAGAAGGGUCUGGGCGACUCUUGUUGAGAUGGAUCUUGUCCUUUCUGCUCAAAUGGGGCUACCAAGGAUGAUCAAACAGUGGCAGACUGAUACGCAAGAGCCGUCGAAUCUUCAAGACAGUGACUUUGACAAGACCACGGUUGAGAUGCCCCCGUCGAGGCCAGACACAGACUUGACGCCAAUUCUCUACCGUCUUGUCAAAGCAAGAUUGAUGACAACGGUCGGAUAUAUCUGGGACUUUGCCGCAGAUGUCCGACCGUACACAUAUACUGAAGUUGAGAGAAUGGACAACAAACUGGAUGAAGCACGCAAGUCGAUCCCAGACUGUCUCCGAUGGCACUCCUUCGCCCGCUGCAUCACAGACUCACCCCAGAACAUUAUGCAGAAAGUCGUUCUAGAAACCCUGUUCUACCGCGCGAAGAUCGUUCUCCACCGAAAGUUCAUGUUCGGUCCCCCAGCAAACUCCGCUGAUUCCAAGCGCAUCGUCUUGGAAUCAGCACUCAAGCUUCUAGACUACCAACAUAUGCUGCAGGAAGAAACGCAGCCCUUCUGUCAGCUUUACCAAGAAAGGUGGAGAGUUUCUUCAUUGGUCAACCAUGACUUUUUGCUCGCGACAAGCAUUUUGUGCUACUAUCUGCAGAACACGAAACGCGGGGGCAUGCAGGUUUCUGAGUCAGCGCCGAUGGAUGAAACCAUUCUGGUGUCCCUCAGAAGAUCUUACGAUAUCUGGUUGCAGUCGAGUAAUUCGUCCAAAGAGGCGAGAAAGGUUGUGAAAGCAUUGGCGGUAGUUCUCGGAGUCAGUAAUACUUCAGAUACAGAUCCAGGGUUCGACUCGAGCAUGUCGUUCGGCGUUCCUUCGGGGUAUGCAUCUUCCAGCAUCAACGAUUAUCACCCAGGACGAAAACCAUCGUAG